GAACGAGGUAGAUAGAGUCAGACACACGUCUUCCCUCUCCCCCAUCCAUGGCUCAAUUGCAUCAUCCCAAACUACACACAGCAGUAGGCAGUAAUAAUCGCCACUGGGCACCAUCAUCGUGACAAACUCAUAACCCCGCCAUCGAGCAACAUUCCUCAUGACAUUCCACAUCCCUUGUAUGCUAUUCCUCCCUCUUAACCACACCAUCCACGCAACCAGCACAAACCGCCAGAGAUUCAACAACCAAAGGCCUUUACUACUACCAACACCCAGAAACAAGAAUGACACAAAUCUACCCAAUCUCCCUCAAAUCCCUCCGCAACCGUCUAUCCAGACCCUCCAGGUCCAAGCCAACUAGCACCAUCAUCACAGUUUCUUCUCCCCCAGAAAUUCUAGAAGCGGAAACGCAGACGGUCAAGCCGAUCACCCGACGCAAAAGCAUAAAAGAGUUUAGGAAGGCAGUGGUCGAUUUCCUGGCAGAGCUUGGAGGUGCGGUUAGGGCUAUUUCUAUUGAUGAUGGGGGUUAUGGACGGUGUGACUGUGGACGGUGUUUUGGGCGGUGUUUUGGGCGGACACCGCAGGGUAGAUACGGGUCUCUUUUGACUGGUCGCGAUGUGGAUGAUACUCUGUGCCUUUUAAGGCCGAGGCCAGUUUGUUGAUGUUUAGGGUGUAUUGGC